GACUCACUGCGUCACCUGUUGGUGGUUGUCGUCUCUGCUUGACGGACGCGUAUCGAGGAUAUUGCAAACUGUGUUAGCAAAUACAAAACUGAUACGGACAAUUUUUUAUCCUUUCGUGUAUAAACAGACGAGGAAAUACAGCCCCUAAGGAUAAUACCGAAUAUGGAAAACAGCGGGGAAAGUGGCGAUGACGGUGGGCCACUUGGCACUUCAGCGUUUCUUGGCGGUGGAGGCGUAGGAGCUUCUUAUAUCGGUGUCCAGUCCGAUGACUUGGAAGAUGAUCCUGAAAAUACAGACGACUCGAACCACGGAGGAGGAGAUCCUCUGCAGGGAAGAGGUGGUGGGUGUCCUUUGCGGGAGCAGGAUCGCUUUCUGCCGAUUGCUAACGUAGCCAAAAUAAUGAAACGAGCAAUACCGGAAGCUGGCAAGAUAGCGAAGGAUGCCAGGGAAUGUGUUCAGGAAUGCGUAUCUGAGUUUAUAUCUUUCAUAACAUCCGAAGCGAGCGACAGGUGCCACAUGGAAAAGAGAAAGACCAUUAACGGAGAGGAUAUACUGUUUGCUAUGACCACCCUCGGCUUUGACAAUUACGUAGAGCCACUCAAAGUCUAUCUACAGAAGUAUAGAGAGGCUACCAAGGGCGAUAAUCCGGGAUCUAGUCCGGGCGUUGUGCCCGGUAAUGGAAAGUCGGUUGAUCAGCAAAGCACCAUUUACGACGACCAAUUGUUCACCAUUGCUACGACUACUGGCAAUGCCACAACUUCGGAUGCUCCCGUUAUAUACAGCUACGCACCUCCUGAUCAAAUGCAAUUUCAACUAUCCUGAGUAAUACGCUAAGGAAACCCCCUGCCCUGUCCCUGGGUCUGGUGAUGGUGUUCGCCCGACGUCACCGCCGAAGACGCCCCGCCUCUGCCUGCGCCUCCGACAACUCCACCGCCACUCCCUCCUCGCUUGUGUAGAAGAAGCCUCUUCUGCUUUCGCCUGCUCGCGAUGCUCGCACCCCCGGCUGCCGCGUACAUCCCAGGGUCGGAAGGUCUUCGUGUGGAAUCAGUCUUGCUUCCUGGCCACCCUUAGCGGCCUUCAACGAUGACUAACCGAUCGCCAACCGAUUAGCUUCUCGCGAUUGAUUCCCCAUCGGCAGUCAGAGCGUCGUUCACUGCCCGCUGCGACGUUGUACGCAAAGCUGCUACACUCUUCACUGCUCGAGUCGUGCGCAUUCUGGAAAUACUGUUUCUCAGCAGAGUGUCUCGUAUGUCGCAGGAAUGGUAGAAACAUUUUUUCCCCCUGUUUAUUGCUAGCUGGAUUUAUGGUCAAAUCGUUGAUCGAGGGGGGGUGAAGGGGAGGGCUCAGGAGGAAGACUGAGACUGAUUGAGACGUUUGAAAAUUCAGGCAAGAUAGCGGUGGUCAAACUUUUUCUAGAGGGGCUCUUCGCUAAUUGAUCAAAAACAAGUGGAGGAAGAUUAAGAAGCGAUAGAGAUAGAUCAAUUUUUUGAAUGUUUCUCUUACGUACAGCGUAAACUCAUUAGACUAGACUAGUAAUAACAGUAGUAGUGGUCGUAGUGUUAUUCUGUUCAUUUAAUCGUGUAAGGCGGUUUGGAGGAGAGGUACAACAUACAUACCCAUUCAUGUUCAAGCGUAACACGCUUCAAGACGAGUACUAAGAGAAAAAUUAAUUGUAAUUAGGUGUUAGAGGUAGUGGUCGAUGCUUCAAUAUGUACGUAUAAAUUUUUA